AUGUUCAAAAAUAAGAAAGGAAAGCUGCGAAAGCCCAAGUCGGUGCAGGCUUACAAGUCCAUGUCAUCGUCCUCAGUUAUCAGUGAACUAUCCAAUCCUUCGGAACAUACUAGCAGUGAAGAAGAGGAGGAUGAGGUUUCGAUUCCAGAUGCUAUUGCUGAAGAAGAGUCUUCAGAAGAGGGAGACGAGCCACCAGUCAAUCCUCGUGAAAGUACCUUUGACCAAUUCAAUCCAGACUUUAGUCAAUUCGAAGCGGAAGAAAACAUGAUGAGCGGCAACAAUAGCAAGAAGAAAAAAGUCAAGCGCACCCCGAAGAAACCCAAGAAGAGUAGCAAAAAUGGUGGUUCCGCUGACGACGAUGACUCUGCGGAUGAUAAGUCUACUAAAUCCGGUAGAUCCACCAAAUCUGCGAGAUCUACCAAACGCGGCGGCAAGAAGAAGAAAACGAAGAAGAAGAAGAAGAGCAACUCUGUGGAAGACAUUACCGAGUCGGACGAUGAAGAGUUCUUGGACGAAUUUGAGGCAUUGCAAGAUGAAGUUAUCAGUCUCCGACGGAAGCUUAACAUGAAGGACGACAGUAUGGAAAUGACUCAACUGCAAAUGGAUGUGAAGAGGGCCUUGAACGAGGCGAACGAACUAAAGUCUGAGAUCGAGGAAUACGAAGAGGCCGUUGCAGAAAAAGAUGGAUUGAUCAAAAAGUUGACCGAGGCUGUGGACUGUCAGCUCGAUAAAGUGGAAUAUUUAGAAUUGAAACUUCAAAGAGCGGAAGAAGAAUUCGUCAAGAUGGAAGACGAAAUGAGAGAAAUGGAAGAUGAAAUUGAUGAAGUCCGAAACAAUGGUGGAAUAGUCGGUGGUGGUGGUGGUGGUGGCGCCCCCAGAGGAGAAGGCGGCCCUUUCAAUGAAGAGCUAAAUGCUGAGUUGCUUGAGAGAGAACGCGAUUUGGAAGAGCGCGAGAAUGAUUUGUUAAUGAAGGAACAAGAAUUGCUCGACAGGGAAAAGACAUUGGUCGACAGAGAAGAGGCGAUUGAAAUUGAAGAAGAGAAAUUAAGCGACCAAAAGGAUGAUUUGAGAAUGAAGGAAUUGCAAUUUGAAGAACGAGAACGUGAGCAAUUGGAGAACAACCAAAUCACGUCGGGAGGUCUCAUCAGUACAUAUGAACUUGAAGAAAAGCAAGAAGAGAUCAAUACUCUCAAGCGCAACCUUGCGUUGAAAACGGGCGAAGUCCACGAAUUACGAGGUCAGCUCAGUCGAGGUACGGGAUCAAGCGGUGCCAAUGCGAGUGUCUUGAGGGAGGAGAAUGAUCGCUUGAAGGUGCGAUUGUCAAAUUAUGAGUCCCAAGAGAAAGAACUGCUUCAAAGUCGCAACGAAGAAAUCCGCAAUAUACAAAUGGGUGCAGAGAAGCAAAUGCAAGAUCUUUACGACCAGAAUGAAACACUAAAACGACGAGUCGAAGCAUUGACAUUGGAGCAGGCCGACAUUCAACAUUCGGAUAUGCAUAUUCAAUUGAAGAAGAAAGAUGAGUUUGCUCUUAGACAGCAGAAAGAGCUCGAACAAGCAUACCAGGAAAAUUAUGAACUCAAGGAGGAUCUGGCAGAUACUUCCCAGAAAUUGAAAAAGGCCGAAUUGCAGGUUCGAGAAUUCAAGGGAAGUGCAAACAAAAAGACUAAGCAAAAGGACGAAACCAUCGACUUUUUGCAAAGCGAGAUGGUCCGUCUCACAAUGGAAAAACAACAACUCGACAAGGUCGUGCAAGAGAAGAUAAAUGAAGUCGAAACGCUACACUUCAAAUUUGCUAACGUUGGCCAAGACGAAGAAGCCGAAAUGCUGCGAAUCCAGGCCUUUACCGAACAAAUUCGCAUUCUGGACGAGACCAAUCAAGGACUCCAGAACAAGAUGAAGAUAAUGGAAGAAGGCUAUUUAAAGGAGCUGCAGGAAAAAGAAAGUUCUAUACAAGAAAUGCAGAAUUCGAAAGGAGGUGGUUAUGCUAGAAGCCGAAUUCAACUCAGCCAGACCCAAGGUGAGUUGAGGCAAGCCCAGGAUCGCAUCCAGGAAUUGGAAGCGACAAUUGAGGAUCUUCGUCAACAAAAAGAUGCAGGUCGAGGCCGUCGAAGCCAGCAAACGUCCUACGACAGGGCAAAUGGGGCUACAAGCAAUGGAGGGCUUGGCGUGUUUGGAAAUAAAGCAAAGCCUGCGGACUCCGCUAAACCCGUUAAGGGACGUUGGGGAUGGGGAGGAAGAACUGAGGAAAAUGAAAGCGCGUACGACCUAAACAACAGGAACAACAUGGUGCCUCACAAGUCCCCACAAACAAGAGAAAAGAGUGUGGUGGCCACACCAAAAAUUAGUGCACCCAUCAUCGCGGGACAAAGUAUCGAGGAUGAACUAGCAGCGAUCGAAGCGGAUGCAAAGAAGUACGAAGACCUCAAGAGAUCCGACAGCGCUCAUAGCGGGAAUUUCCGAGUCGAUAUGACAGGAAAACUGAAAUCAAGUGAUGACUCCGGGUCGGAGGAAGAAGAUAGCAGCCAAUCGUCCGCCAGCAGUAGUGGUUCUGUAGGAAUGAAUAUUGCGGAGCGGUUAGAGGCAAUGCGAGCGAAACGAAAUAGUACCACUACCACUCGCAAAAAGAGUUCCAGACGAAUAAAGACCCCUAGCAAAAAACGAAAUUCGGGCUCGAGCAACGAUUCCAUGUAG